CUCUAACACUGAUCAACAAAAGUCUCUCUCUUGUUCGCAUACUUGUGUUAAAACACUGUAUAUGAGUGCCCUUUCUAGGUAGCUCUGCUUUCUGCUAUACUAAUAACAACAACAGUAUAUAUCUUUGAUUGCAUGGUAAUCUCCGUAAUCAGGACAGAGACAUCGAGAGCGUGCAACGGUCUAAAAGCAUCCUUAAUCAUUGUUUUUCACGAGAAACCCUUCUUCUCUCCACUUCUCUCUGUCUAUCGCUUUACUUUCUUUUGUUUAAUUGUUUUAAUAAGUUUUUGAAUAAAAGAAAUAGUAAAGCUUGACGAUUAAUGUAAAGGGCGGAAUCUGAGCUGCAGUGCUUCAAAUGCCUUUUCUUUGUAUUCCCUUUUGAACUCUAAAAGAAAAUCAUGGGUGAAGAUCUGUGCUUCUUCUCUAAGGAUGCUUUUGUCAUAAAGGCUCCUAAGAAGUCUCCAUUGGUGUUAAGGAUGGUUGUUUUAGUGCUUGUUAUGGUUUCUGGUGUCUAUAUAUUGUCAAUUUGUCUUAAGCAAAUUGGCAUUCGCACCAAUCCUGGAAUUUUACGUGUUGGAGUGAUUGAAAAGCCGUGCCCGGAACCUAACCUAGAGCCCUGGGAGAUCCCUUAUGUGCACUACCCAAAACCCAAAACUUAUAGCAGGGCUGAAUGUGCAUGCAAUCCAGUGCGGUAUUUUGCUAUUCUGUCAAUGCAGAGAUCUGGGAGUGGAUGGUUUGAGACUUUAUUAAAUAAUCAUACUAAUAUAAGCUCAAAUGGAGAGAUUUUCUCAGUCAAAGUUAGGAGGCAUAAUGUUUCAAUGAUUGUUGAGACUUUGGACAAAAUUUAUAAUCUAGACUGGUUAAGUAGUGCUUCCAAGAAUGAGUGUACAGCUGCAGUCGGCUUAAAGUGGAUGCUUAAUCAGGGUGUGUUGCAAAAUCCUGAAGAAAUAGUUGAGUAUUUCAAAAAAAGAGGUGUUUCAGCAAUUUUUCUGUUCAGGAGAAAUCUCUUGCGCAGAAUGAUUUCAAUACUAGCAAAUUCUUAUGAUCGAGAAGCUAAGCUAAUAAAUGGGACUCAUAAGUCCCAUGUUCAUUCACCUCAUGAGGCGGAGAUACUAGCUAAAUACAAGCCUUCUAUCAAUGCAACUUUGCUCAUACCCAAUAUGGAGCAAGUAGAAGCGACAACUGCCAAAGCAUUAGAUUACUUCAACAGCACCAGGCACAUGAUUCUAUACUAUGAGGAUAUAGUUAAAAAUCGCACUAAAUUGCUGGAGGUUCAAGAUUUUUUGAAGGUUCCACAAAGAGAUCUUAAAAGUUGUCAAAUAAAAAUACAUAAAGGACCCUUGUCUAACCAGAUUGAUAAUUGGAAGGAUGUGCAAGAGGCCCUUAAAGGAACCAACUAUGAAAGCUUCUUGUAUGGAGAUUAUCGGAGGUAAAGGUAAUAGAAAAUGUACAUAAGAUGUUCUAAUAUCUGGCAUUCUUUCGUAUUUAUUUUUUUAGGUGUAGGAAUCAACAGGAUUUAGAGCCUGUUGAAAUUUUGGCUAUAAAAUUGGCAUUUUUCCUUCGGUGUCUGAUUUCUUAUUCUUUGUUUUCCCCACUAAAUUUAUAUUCCAUUUAUUCUUUUUGCCUUCUUCACUUCUGGAGAAAAGUCUUGUCUUAGAACUCAUUUGGUAGGAGGAAUAGCAGUUUCAUCUUGCUUGUUCUUGCCCUUGUGUACUUUACUAUGUGCUGACUUGAAGGAACAAAUCCAAAGAUGUAUGAUGAUUUUAUUUUAGCAACUUUCAUUUCUGUGA